AUGCUACCGGCGUUCGAGUCGUGGCUGUCGACGGCAUUCCCAGCGUCGCCGCCCAAAAAAGGGUCCAAGGGGGCGGCGGCGCGGCUGUUGAAGCCCCUCCACCGACGACCAGAGUUGAAUCAGAAUCAGACGAAUCAGACUCAGAAUCAGGUCCAUCUCCUCCGACGACAGACGGCGUCGCUCCCGGCACUCGGCCAGACGCGUCCACCUGAUCCCAAGCUUCAACAGCUCGCCCGGUUUCACUCUCUCGUGGCCGAAUGCAGCUACGAAUCCACAACCCCCACUAGUAGUAGUACUACUAGUCGUACUGCUACUACAAGUGGCCCCCGACUAGAGUUCUUCACGGCGCUAACCAGCGUCCACCAACAAGACAUUGGAAUGCACAUGCCUUGUACAUUCGUGUGCGAUGGCGCCGGCAGCUUUACACUGCUCUACACUGUCACCCCAACAAUCCUCCAAGUCAAAAUGUACCCGUCGACAGUAGCCGUAACGAAGGACGCCCACCGCAUUGUGAACCUGCUAUCAAGAAGGAAUACCUCUGACGCACAAACUGUGUUGGCUUGUUAUAAGGUGCCACUUGGCCCUGGCAACGACAUCCACUUUCUGCACUCCAAGCUGGCCAUCCUACAGCAUUUGGAAACCAUUGCCCACAACCCUACCCAAGUCGCAGCCUUGCAAGAGUAUAUCCAACCAAAGGGAUCGAAAGCGUGGCUCGUGCGCAGUGUAUGGCAGCCCAAACACCCGUUUGUAUGGGUUCUCACAGACCAGAACCACCACUUUACCAACACAAAAUGCAUGGACAGUUGCCAUAUCGACAAAAGUACCUCGAGCUCGUCGUGGCCGGUGCCCAAAGGCCUGACAGCAAACUUGGUGCGGGUACUGGAACCCACGUUAAACGUGAAGUUUCAGCAGGUUGUAGUCGACUUGAUUCAAAACGACCAAGGACAAUGGUGGCUCAUCCAAGUUAAAGCGUUUCGAUGCAAACGAGCCACAGAUUAUCUGUUUGUAAACUUUUGCGUCGACCAUUUCGAACACGAAUGGGACCAUCACCUGACAUCACUCCAUCCAAAAGACCGAAAUCGGCUGUAUAACCAAGUGCUAUUUUGCGAUACCUGCUACCCGCAGUACGCCGCCCAAAAGACCCCCGUUCUUUGCCCUUCUGUGCCCCCGUUACUACCCACGACACACACACGUUCACCUGCAAAUAUGCAGCCAACAACAAGACUACAAGAGAGAGCGGACAAUACGAACGCAUUGCUGGCGUCGUUGGAAGCAGCAUUAAUCGUGCCAGAUGCCAUCCAAAGUCCAGAAUGUGACCAGUCCAGUCAACCAAACGACUUGGCUGCUACGACCACAGUUUGUGAGCCUCAAAUAACCACAGCACGCCACUGCAGCAGUAUGAUUGAAAGGAAACGACUACUCCCACACGACGAGCCCCACGACGCAGCUUUGGAGCCCAGUGCCGUUCCAGGGACAGGGAGCACUACCCCUACUGUAGCCCCACAACUCAUGGCAACGAAUCACACAACUCAACUCACAAGUCCCGAAGUAGUAGUAAUCAGCGCCCUUCCGGCACCGAAAUCGGCCAGCCAACACCUCGACACGCUCUGGUCUAAACUGGCACCUCCCCCGCUCCACCCCCAGCAGCCCCCCCUGUCCACCGCACUCUCCUCUACUACUAGUACUACUAGUAGUAGUAGUAGCAUUGUGGUGCUGCCCCAAGAGACGGUGGACGUGGACGCUGCGCGCAUCUUCUACGACGAGCCAUACAAAAAUCAAGUGGUAUCCACCAUUCGAAGCCACUUCCACUCGAUGCAUGCCGUGCGAGUGGCGUGCCGCAGUCCCGAUCUGGCGACGCUGGCCCUGCACACCCUGUUUCUAGAGAUCCGAGACGAGUGCAUCGAAGGGCAAUAUGGGCUUUUUAACGGCGCCUUUCCCGACAACACCACAUCGCAUACAUUUACGCCGUACUAUACAAUGCCACUUUGUCGACCAUAAUAU